UUUAUACAGUUAGCUGGCUUAUAAGGGGCUGAACUGUAGCCAAGUUAAGAUAUGGUUAGCGAGGAUAGUAAGUUCGCGCUACGCUAACUAAUUUAGCUCAUAAUAUUGGCUAACCUAGUUAGCUUCGCCAGUAGCCAAGUUACAGCUGAGGUUAGCUGGCUGACAUUCCGUCGUGCUUUUGGGAAUUUGAAAUUCUACGCAGAAACGGGGGGAACGUCAGGACGCAGACCGCCGUCUCACCCGUUGAACGUUUGUAGUUCGCCGUCCAUAGAAAAUGCGGAGGCUCUAGAAAGCCGGGUCCUUUCUCGUAAGCCAGCUUGCUACCGUCAACGGUCCCCUCAGGCUUGCUAGUUAGCCUAUACUUGUGACUGACAACUCGCCACUUCUCCCGCAAAUGAUUGCACGACAAACGCCCAUAGCUAAACACUUUCUUCGUAAUAGUGCUUCCGAGUAACGUUAUUUUGUAACGACGCUGUCGGAGAUUUAUAGAUGAGGCAACGCUUAGUUUCAAACGAGCUAGCGUUAGCUAGCGUUACGGUAGCUAAUUGCGGCGAGAUGCUCGUCGCGAGACGUCCGCCCCUCGUCAUCUGCGGUCCUUAAUCGAGGUAAACGUUCUCAGGUGUACUGUAACGGACAACACGACGGCCAGAGAGGGCGGCGAGGCGCGGGAGUCGCGCUCUUCCUCUCCACAACAUUCGGCCGCCAUGGAGGUUGCCCUUGCUCAUCCUGCUCUAAAGGCAUUUAUGUGUGGGUCACUCAGUGGGACGUGCUCCACACUGCUCUUCCAGCCACUGGACCUGGUGAAGACACGUCUGCAGACGCUGCAGAACAACAUGCGCCCGGGUUCUCCAAAGGUUGGCAUGCUGAGUGUGUUCAUCACUGUAGUCCGGACAGAGAGGUUGUUUGGCCUGUGGAAAGGUGUCUCUCCGUCGUUCAUGCGCUGCAUCCCAGGCGUAGGGAUCUACUUCAGCACGUAUUACUCGCUGAAGCAGCGCUUCUUUCAGGAGCGAGCCCCUAACGCGGGCGAGGCCGUCCUGCUCGGAGCAGGGGCGCGCUGUGUGGCCGGGGUCGCCAUGCUGCCUGUCACAGUCAUCAAAACGCGAUUCGAGAGUGGGCGGUAUAACUACAUAAGUGUUCUAGGGGCAUUGAGGAAUGUGUGUGAGACGGAGGGCCCAAGAGCAUUAUACUCGGGUCUUGUGGCCACCCUGCUCAGAGACGCACCCUUCUCCGGGAUCUAUGUCAUGUUCUACAGCCAGGCCAAGAAGGCCCUGCCCCACGAAGUCAGCUCAUCAGGUCUGGCCCCGGUGGUGAAUUUCGGGUGUGGGGUUGUGGCAGGCAUUUUGGCAUCUCUGGCCACCCAGCCAGCUGAUGUAGUGAAGACUCACAUGCAAGUGAGUCCAGCGCUGUACCGCAGGACCUGUGAUGCCAUGCGCUUCAUCUACGCCGAACAUGGAUUGGGGGGGUUCUUUCGGGGAGCUGUUCCUCGAUCACUGCGAAGGACUUUGAUGGCUGCCAUGGCCUGGACUGUUUAUGAGCAGCUGAUGGAACAAAUGGGUCUCAAAUCCUGAGGAAACACUUCACAUAUAUAUACACACACACACACACUCAUGGUAUGGUGGUGGGGUGAGGUGGGAGAGUGAGGACAUUUUUAUGGGCUUAAGGAUGCAAAACAGUAUGCGAGUUGGGACUCUUAGUUGGGAUGCUUAAAGCUAAAAUGGAUGACUUUGCUAAUAGGUCCCAGCAGCAGACACUGACACCUCACACCAAAAACUCACACUCGUUCAUGCACAAAUCACACACUCAAACACUCCUGUAAACAAGAUGCACUUACACACUCCUGUACACGCAACCCCAAACUUAACUCUCACAAACUCCAAAAACAAAUAUUUAUCCCUUUAGAGAGAGACCCCCCCCCCCCAAACAACACAAUCAUUUAAUGAAACACUCCCCAUGAAGGCAACCAUAACUGUCUCAGAGGGGCAUAAACAGCAAUUCUGGAUGUUAUUCAUACCUACACCCAGCCAUCCCCCGUCCUCUACAGUACCUACACCCAGCCAUCCCCUGUCCUUUACAUUGCCUACACCCAGCUUUGCCCCUUUCCUCCACAAUACCUACACCCAGCGUUGCCACUAUGCUCUGACAACACCUACACCUAGGUUUUCCCCUAUGCUCUGACAAUCAGAUGCAGAGACUGAUGAGAUGUGUUUACGCAUAUUGCUGCAGUUUGAGCAGGUCUGUGUUUUGUGUGCAUGUGAUGGUCAGUGCAAUAUAAAGCAUGCUUUUUGACUCUGAACAGCGCUGCUGUCAGUAUGUUUCAGAGCUUUGUUCUUAAUUGCUUUGUGUUAUUCUGCUCUAUGUGUGUAUAUGUGUACAAGAGAGGGAGCAUAGUCUAUUGUCAGUCAGCUGUCAGCAUUGGUCCCUUAAUGGAUUAUUAAUAUAUAAUUAUUGUCCGAUAUACUCUUACAAAAAAGAAGAAAGUGUCAGUUGCAGUCAUAAUAGCUGUCAGUAAAGUCCAUCCUUCAAUUGUUCUGAUUGUAGCUUUAAUUAGCUGGUCUGUCAUGCUGUCCAGUCGUGCUGUCCCCUCUUUACAGGGUAUCGGGUACCUCAGCUGUUCCACUUCAGGUCUCCACAUGGUGAGUCAUGAUGAGUCACAUACAAUGGCACUGUGGACAGUCACAGUAAAUGAACGAAUAAAUAAUUUAUUACACAUUGCAAGGGAUUGAAAAUCCAAUCACUCCAACAUUAUAUGUUGCCUAGAUGGGUGGUGUUGUGAGUCCCAUAUGUAAAACUACAUAGUCUCACCAGUGGUAAACACAGCAACAAUAAUAAUGGAAUUAGUACAUUUCCCAUCAGCCUCUGUUAUUUGUUGUGCACAUAAAAUGUGAUGGUAUUGUACCCCACUGUCACAGACACAGCCAGCGUUUAGCUCUCUGUGGCUGCUGUGAGAAAG